UUUGACUUAUUUUUUCCCGGCGGAGGCUCCAAUUUCUCGACGUCCUACCGAUGUUAUCCCCACACAUUUAGUUCCCGAAAGGAUACAGAUACCAUUGAGUAUGGAGGAAAAACUUAUUCCGUUAAAAUAUUUAGUUUUGUUGCCGCCAUCUGCUCUGGAUCAUCUCACUCGCCUAAAUGUGCAAUAUCCCAUGCUAUUCAAAUUGUCAAACAAGAAAGCCUCUCGUCACACACACUGUGGUGUGUUGGAGUUUGUGGCCGAUGAGGGCAUGUGUUAUGUGCCAUACUGGAUGCUACGAAAUCUCCAGCUCGAAGAAGGCGAUAUGGUGCAUGUAAAGAGUGUUGCUCUUCCGGUAGCUACGUUUGCCAAGUUCCAGCCUCAAGACGAGAGUUUCCUGGACAUCUUCAAUCCCAAAGCAGUGUUGGAAAAUGCACUGCGUGAUUUUGCCUGUCUUACUGUCGACGACAUGAUUGCCAUUAAGUACAACGAUCAAAUCUAUGAGCUGAAGGUCCUCGCGGUAGAACCUGCAGAAGCUGUUAGUAUCAUCGAAUGUGAUAUGAGUGUUGACUUUGCUCCCCCUGUUGGCUAUGUCGAAAAACGGAUGGAGAAUCAGAAGAAGGCUGUCGCCGCCACGAAUAAGGAUGUAAACGAAAACCUUAUCCCGGCUCAAAGUCAAGGCUUUCAGAUCUUUGGAGGCUCUGGUAUCCGCCUAGAUGGUCGCUCCUGUGACCCCUCUACUUCCGGCUCAACAUCGGCCCCCGGCGGCUCACGGAUCACUCAACGUGGCGUUCCCAACUAUGAGUACAAACCCGGUAGCCUGACAUUCUUACGAAUGGGGAACAAGGUGACUACAGAAGAUGUGAGUGCAUUCCUUUUUUCGACUUCAUUUGGCAAACUUAACCUAGCUGAGAGGCAGCUUUCAGAGCCUCUUAACCCAGCUUCUAAUUGGUGGGUUUUACACCUCUGA